CUUCUUCCGGGAUUGGACUGAAAAAGCACUUUACAAAACCAAAAAGUUACCCUUUAUUAAAAUAACAUUUUCUGCAGAAGAAAUGCGCGUAGGAGUGGUGGGGUAUGGAAAUUUAGGGCAAUAUCUGGUACAGCAGAUUGAGGAGCAUGCUUCUCUUGAAUUAGCUUUUGUAUGGAAUAGAACUGUGUCAGCUUUAGAUGGCCUUCAAAAUAAGGAAGCUGUUCUGGAAAAUCUCGCAGAUUUUCCUUCCAGGAAAGCAGAUUUGAUUGUAGAAGUAGCCCACCCACUCAUUACUAAGCAAUGGGGAGCCAAGUUCCUUGCUAUGGCAGAUUACAUGAUCGGCUCCCCAACUGCCCUGAGUGAUGCUGCCCUGGACACUGAUUUAAGGAGUUCGGCAGGAUCUCAUGGUCUGUAUAUUCCGACAGGAGCAUUUUGGGGUGGAGAGGACAUAAAAAAAAUGGCUGACCGCGGAACAUUACAGGCACUGAGUGUUACAAUGACAAAACAUCCGAGCUGCUUCAAACUGAACGGGGAUUUAAAGACAAAGAAUGAAAAAGUUGCGGACAAACCUGUUGUCUUGUAUGAAGGUAGUGUGAGAGGGUUAUGUCCCCUUGCUCCUAAUAAUGUCAACACAAUGGCAGCGGCAGCAGCAGCAGCACAUAAUUUGGGGUUUGACAAAGUCACCGGGCGCUUGGUCGCAGAUCCGAGCCUCACUGACUGGCACAUCGUGGAAGUUGAGUUAUGGGGUCCAGGAAACAUGGACAAUGACACUGCCUUCCACAUCAAGACUGUUCGCCGGAAUCCCGCAAACAGAGGUGUUGUCACAGGAAGUGCUACUUACGGUUCAUUCCUUAGCAGCAUGCUUGGUGCCCGUGGUAAAGGUCCAGGUGUACACCUGUGUUGAUGAUUGGUGUGAGACUACAGGUGCCCGUGGUAAAGGUCCUGGGUGUACACCUGUGUUGAUGAUUGGUGUGAGACUAAUGGACCAUGGUAAUGAAAUGUAUGUUUAUAUAAAUAAGGCAUUAUAAAUCUUAUAUCUAUAUUGUAUGUCUGUUAUUUGCUGAACAUUACACAGAGUGAUCUUUUGCAUAUGAUUUUUGUGUCGCCUGCGAAAAGCUGGUGACACAUAGGUAUUGCUAUGUCGGCGGCGGCGGCGGCGGCGGCGUCUGCACAGAGGGUUUCGUGCGAUAACUUAAGUUCCCUUGGGCUGAUCAAAUUCAAACUUCAUGCAGUGCUUCCUUACCAAAAGUGCUUGCAUGGGAUUGCUUUUCAGGUCCGAAGGUCAAAGGU